AUGCCUAACAGAUCCAACGGGUACUUGUUAGAGCUUCUCUGCGGUAAGUCAGGGCGUGCUUUCGGUCAAAUGGCUGUAGUAAUAAUAGCCUGCCAUCUUGCUACAACAACGAUCUUCAGAAAGGGUGGAAAGCCUAUGUUGGAUUCGGUUCAAACUGUGUCAGAUAGUGUAGGCAUAGCCAAUGGGGUUAUUGCUACCUUGAAGGUGCGGCCAGAGCGGAUGGAGGCUGCUCUGGACAAAACGAUGCUAGCCACUGAUGUUGCAGAGUGGUUGGUGAGGAGGGGAUGUCCGUUCAGAGAAGCUCACUACAUCUCUAGACGCGUCGUUGCACUUUUUGAAAAGCUGGAAGUUUUGAUGGACAAGCUGGCUCUUGAGCAACUGCAGGCCAUUAAUUCUCAGUUCACAGCAGACAUUGCGGAGGUACUCGAAUAUAUAGCAAGUGUCGAGGUGAAAACGGCUAAAGGCGGCACCAGUCGAUCAAGCGUGCUGGAGCAGAUCCAGGUUACCAGGGCUAUGUUGGAUUAG